UAAGGCCGGAUUCCAAGGGAUGGAGGUCCCAAAUCCCAUUUGCCAAAACAAAGCACCACCGCUCCUCGUGCAACCGCACGCCGCCGCCGCCCAUGGAGGCCUCUGCCGCCGUCGCCGCCGCCGAAAUCGAUUUGAACUUUCCGAUCUGCAUAUCCUCCGACGACGAGGAGGACGGCCCCAUCUACAUAUCCUCCGAUGACGAGGAAGUGAUCGAGAUCCAAGCCCCAAUCCCCCUCUCGUCUCGGGCCCCGAUCACCACCAACUCUGCUUUGGCUUCUGGAUCCUCUUCUUUCCCUGCCACCGCAGACCGCAAGGGAAAGCGCAAGCUAUCAUCGCAAGGUCAACCCUCAACGCCUACAGCCAGCUGCUACUGGGGCGAAUUCUACUGCGCCAUCUGCAUGGAGAGCGUGCCCGACGCUCUCAAGUUCAGCGUCGCCCCAUGCCAGCACGCCUUCUGCUUGAGCUGCACCGUGCAGUACAUCGCUGCCAAGGUCGGCGAGAGCGUCGUCCAUGUGCGGUGCCCCGACCCAAGCUGCCGGGACGGCGUGAUCGAGCUGGAGGACUGCCGCGGCGUCAUCCCCUCGGACCUGUUCGGAAAGUGGGACCUCGCGUUAUGCGAGUCGGCGGCCGUGCUCGGGGAGAAGAAGGUCUACUGCCCGUUCAGGGACUGCUCGGCGCCGCUCCUCGCCGGCGAGGGUAUGACCGGCGAGGGGAGCAUCGCGGAGGCCGAUUGCCCGCACUGCCGCCGGCUGUUCUGCGCCCGGUGCAUGGUGCCGUGGCACGACGGCGUCGGCUGCGAGGAGUUCCAGGAGCUCGGGGAGCACGAGCGCGGCCGGGAGGACGUGAUGUUGCGGCGGCUCGCCGGCGCCAAGCGGUGGCAGCGGUGCCCCCAGUGCAGGAUGUACGUGGAGAGGUCUCAGGGAUGCUCCUUCAUGCGCUGCAGGUGCGGGUGCUGCUUCUGCUACACCUGUGGAUCUCUGAUGUGCGAGCAGCUCCAUUCCUGCAAAAGAUGCAACCGCUGAGCGUUCGGCUGAUGCCUUCUCUGCAGGCUCUCUCACUGAAUGUUUCAUUUUUGCCAAAACUCUUUUGCUUGUCCUUAUAUUGUUACCAUAUAUGAUCACGUGUGAGUCCAGAGGUUCUGGACAUGAAACGUAUCUUAAAAAGGCUCGAACGACUUGUUUCAAGUCAUCGCCAGUUGUGCUAAUUUAUUCCUUUUAUCAAAUACUUCAGUAGGUAUUCAGUAGGUGUAUCUAAAACCAUAAAAUGUAUUACCUUGUCAUGUCCUCGUUUAUCAAAUACUUCCAGUGUAACUCCUAAGGGCAUCUCCUAGAGAUUGGCUAAAUCCCAUUAGCCAAAUCCCAUUUAGCCAAUCAUUUAGCUAUCCAAAGAAUAGGAAAUCCAACAGCUUCCAUUCAUCCCCUCCCCACUCCAUCCUCUUCUCCCGUGACCCACUGACAAGUGGACCCUGCACCAUCUCCUUCCUCCCGCAGUCCGCACGGGAGCCGGCCCCCACCGCAUCCUCCGCAUGGGAGCCGGCCGCCGCCGCCGCGCUAGCCGCCAUCGCCUGCCGCCGCCAGCCACCACCGCCCGUCGUCAGCCACGUACUUACCCCACACCACCGCGGAGCUCGCCUGUCGCCUGCUGCAUCCUCCCAUGCGCCGAGCAAGCCGCACCGGAGUCGAGACCUCCGCCGGCCGUGUCCUCCUCACCGCCUUCGGCUGCCGCUCGCCGUCGUCGGCCGUGUCCUCCCCCACGCCGCCGCCGAGCUCACCUGCCGCCGGCCACCUCCUCGCCCCGCGCCGAGCCCACCGCCGGCCGCGUCCUCCCCAGGGCGGCAGAGUGCGGGAGCGCGCGGGAGCGGGGAUGGCGUGGGGAGGGAGGCACGGGGGAAUAGCGAAGGGAGCUGGUUCUUGAAAUUUGGCCAACGGAGGGAGACGGAUAGCCAUCAGAGGUGUUUGGAGAAGCUGUUGGUUUGAGUUUUUAUCCCAAUUUGACUAUUUUUAGUCAGGCAACUUGUUUUAGCCAAUCUCUUGGAGAUGGCUUAUCAGCCCUACCUAGCAAAAGCAAUUACUAGUUAGAAAAUUUGUGCAUAGCAAUACACACAUCUGUUUCAGCGUGCACCUAAUUGAUUCUUUAGAGAUAUUAUUGCACCUAUGGUGACCUUACAGCAAAAGAAGUAUCAUUCUACAUGCUUUACAAACAGACAAACAGAUGUAUGGGAGAACAAUGAGCUUGUGCUCCUUUCCCUCAAUGCAAAGAGCUACUUAAUUAAUUUGAUGACAAACAAGUAAGGAGAUAACAACCAGAUGGGAAAGCAAGGAAUGGAGGAAGUACAAACAAAACAUCUCUUCUCCUACCCCGAGUCCUGCAGCCCCGCGACUAGUGCUAGGGUGCUGCAAGUGCCAAGGAGGCUCAUCAUCAAGAGGGCAAAGACGAGCGUCGCCGAUUUGAACCUGUCGUCGUUGCAGCCAGUGGUGGUACCGCCUACUGCUUCGACACAGGGUCCAGUGAGUGACGCCCUAGGGUCGUCCGCACCUGACGCAGGGUGCCUGCUCCAGCCAAGACUCCCGCUCCCACUCCUGCUGCUACAUCUAUGCCAAGUGAAGAGGGAGUGGAAGAUGGGGAUCCUGCAGCGGUGAUAGAGCCAUCCCCUCAUCAAGGCGCGGCGCCCCCAGAGUUCGAACCACUCGGGACCGAAGCCCCCGGGGCGACUCAUCCUAAGGUAUCAUAUGAGGUCCCUGUUGGGCUCAUUAAUGACGUUCUUUUGGAGGAGGAGCUUUGCAGUAAGAUGCUGAACUCGCUGAAGCGAGUGUAUAAUCAUCACAAGGAUGUGCAGAAAAUGGCCCUGCGUUCCCGAGUGAAGUCAUCAAUCCUAGCUGUAAAGUCUGAGAGACUCCAGCAGGUUCCUGCACUCAAGUAGGAGCUUGAGGAUAAAGAUGCUCUAAUCGCCGAACUCGGGGAGUAGUUGGCUGCAGCUCGAGAGAGUGACGCGGGUUCCUCUAACCAGUACCAUGAGGAGCUUGCUCAGGUUAAGAGAGAAAGGGAUCAAGCUCUUCGAGAUUGCGGGGAACUGCUUCGGUCAAAGGCGGAUCUCGAAGAGUACAAGAGGACCAUGGAGCAGCAGUUGGAUGGGGCUGAUAAGAAGCUUGUUGAACAACUAUACACCAUCCAGAAGCUGAACCGCGACAAGGACAGGAGGGAUCAGGAGAUCUUCAACCUAGAGGAGGAGGCUCGAGUUGUUAUCGACAUGGUGCAGCCUCCUCAUCCUGGUUAUGUAGAUACCCGGUCUGUCUUGGAGCGGUUGAAGCAUGUUCCUAAAUGGUUGAAGGAAGCUCCCAAGAAGAAGUCGUCUAGGAGAUAGGCCAGUAGCUUGGUGUAGGGCCUUGAUGUAUAUGACACAUGUAAUGUCUUUCGGAAUGUGGUUUUGCAAUUCUCUACUUACUCAUGGUGUUCUGUGGUUGAACGAGUGUCAAACUCGGGGCCACAGGAUAUCUCAUGUAGCACGGUCCUGUGCGAGAUAUAGGGUAGGAAAUAUCAAUUACCAUGUAA